AUGGCGCUACUCAUGCUGCUGCUGCUUGAUUUGCUGCUUUGUAUUGAUCUUAGAGCAGAUCAACUGCACGGUGGCACUUCAACUCAGCCUCAGAUGGUAGAAUCAUCAAUGAACACUCCUCUGUGGAGUGGAUCAAAUGGAUAUCAGACAUCCACGUCAAACCUGAUGUCCAAGCAAUUUAAUGUUGACGGGCCUAAGGAAUUUGAUCAAGUGGUCCUUGACUGUCUGCAACAGUCUUCAAGCACUGGACAGGAAAAGGGGAUGCAGAUGGAUGAACUUUCCCAAAAGCUGAAACUUCCCAUGGAGAAGAUCAAGGAAUCUAUUAGAUCACUUGAAGAUGAAGGUCUGAUAUACUCUACAAUGAUGAGUUUCACUACAAAGCAACCUGAUGAAGUUCAUGGUAUUGGGAAUGCUACCCAGAAACGUCACCUGGGCCAUAAUGGCUCACGCAACUCAUUGUAUGAUGGUGUCUAUGGUGUUCAGGAAUUUCACUGGGCUAGAAUAGUUUCUGCGACUCAUCGUAUGAUGAAUGUAGUUGCCAGUUAUUUUCUUUUUCUUGUAGUCUCACCAGAAAUUUCUUCAGAUAUUUGUUUCUCUCUAAUUUUAGACGUAGCUUAG